UUUUAAUUCCACUCUCUCCAACUUGCAACAGUGCAUAUAUAGCUUAAGAUCACUUGUGAAGUGUGAAAACAACGCUUCUACAAAGAGAUCUUACACAAUGGGGAGAUCACCACCAACUCAUGUUUUCAUCUUCUUCCUCCUCAUACUCCUCUUCUCUGAGGCCAUUUCUGUUUCCGCCGAGCAUAAGCAGCACAAGCACUCUGGAUUUUCUCAAUCAGAGUGCCCAGGGGCAUGCCAAUAUAGGUGCUCCAAAACAGCUUAUAAAAAGCCAUGCUUGUUCUUCUGCCAAGAGUGCUGUUUCAAAUGCAAGUGUGUUCCUCCUGGGACUUAUGCUCACAAGGAGUCUUGCCCCUGCUACAACAACUGGAAAACAAAGAGAGGAGGACCCAAAUGCCCUUGAAUUAAUCACUCUACCUCCAAUUUUCUCUCUUCUGAUUUUCUAAAAUUUGAAUAAUAUUCUCUGCAGUUUUCUCUUUUUCAUUUUCUUUUUCCCUCUUUCGCGAAUAUGAUAGUUUCUAUGUGAUUGUUCAAUUUUAGUAUCAGUGUGUCAGACAUAAAACUCAAGGGUGUGUACUUCUUAUAAGUUGUUGGGUUGUUGUGUGGGAAAAUUUAAGUUCUAAUCUGGUGUUUUAGUUCUAUUUUAA